AUGCACUUGUGGCUGGAAAACAGUUCUGACAGCCCGAUUCUAUGCACUAACCAGCCACGCUACCGCGGCCUGCGCGGCAUCCGUCCGGGAUGGGAUCCCGCCGAACACAGAUGCGACCCGUUGCACUGGAACCCAGCAUCUUUAGCACGCCGUGGCCGGUGUAGAGUUAUACCUGGGCCGCUGAGCCAGGUGCCCAUGGUUGUGAAAACCAAUCCGAGUGUUCAUCAGCCAGGGCAUCGCUCCUCUGCUAGGUGCCAACAUGUGAACAAGAGGGAAGAAGGCGAGGUGACUACUCGAAGCGCUCCGUUCACGCCAUCUUUGUCCACACCGGCAAGGCAAGGGAGGCACUUUUUGCUUAUUGCAAGCGUGCCAUCUCCAGGAAAGACGGAACCCGGCUUGCGUCCCCCGGUUACACAAAUGACGCACGGCAACCCAGAGGUGGUGUGCAUCGAGCCGGGCGUUGGGGAGUUCCACCUCAACCCAUCAUCGCGUGGUGGGCUUCUGGACGACCCGAACUCUUGA